AUGGAUAUUAAUAAUGAAUAUACUGACCCUUAUACUAACCCUUAUACUGACCCUUAUACUGACUCUUGUACUGACCCUUGUACUGACUCUUGUAUUGAUCCUUGCAGCCCUUACACAGACUCUUAUAUUAACUUUAAUACUAAUCCUGAUCCUCAAGAUA